AUGGAUCGCAUCAUAACAACUCUCCCAGGAAUGGAAAACAUUCUCCGAUGUCGAGACCUCCCUAGUUUCUAUCGAGGAGCAGAAUCCGACCAAGCAGAACCUUUAAAAGCCUUGGUCAUAGAGUGCCAUCAAAUGUUUAGAGGCCGAGGAGUCAUACUCAACACUUUCGAGGAUCUAGAUGGUCCUCUUUUGUCCCAAAUGCGACUCAAGUUUCCCCGAGUCUUCGCCGUUGGUCCUCUCCAUGCGCACCUGAGUUCCAGAAGGGCAUCCGACGCCAAAACAACGCCGUCCACGAGUUCUUUCUGGGAAGUGGAUAGAAGUUGCUUGACUUGGCUUGACUCUCAGCCAUUGAAAUCGGUGUUAUAUGUCAGCUUCGGUAGCAUCACUACCGUCACAAGGGAGAGGCUCAUGGAGUUUUGGUACGGUUUGGUGAACAGCAAGAAGAGGUUCUUGUGGGUGAUGCGGCCUGAUAUGGUGGAGGGAGAAGACAGCCAUGACUGGGUACCGCCUGAGCUGGAGAAAGGGACUAAAGAGAGGGGGUUCAUUGUGGGGUGGGCCCCGCAAGAGGAGGUGCUGGCUCACAAGGCCAUUGGUGGGUUCUUGACCCACAGUGGGUGGAACUCAACCUUGGAGAGUUUGGUGGCUGGUGUGCCCAUGAUUUGCUGGCCAUACUUUGCGGAUCAGCAGAUUAACAGCAGGUUUGUGAGUGAGGUUUGGAAAGUUGGGUUGGAUAUGAAAGAUGUUUGUGACAGAGAUGUUGUGGAGAAGAUGGUAAAUGAUCUCAUGGUUCAUAGGAGAGAGGAGUUUCUCAAAUCAGCUCAAGCUAUGGCUAUAUUGGCUCACAAGACUGUGAGUCCAGGUGGUUCCUCUUACUCCAGUCUUGAGGAUUUGAUUCAGUACAUUAAAUUAAUUAGCUAA